AACAUUCUUUUUUUUUUUCAACUUUCAUUUAUUCUUCAACAUGACGACGAUUUCGCGUUCAUACACUCUCUCAAAUGGAGUUGAGAUGCCCUCAGUAGGAUUAGGAACAUAUAGAGUCCAGGAUGAGGAAAUGAUCGAUGCAUGCAUUCUGGAGGCUCUCCGAUCCGGAUACCGCCUUAUUGAUACAGCAGCCGUUUACAGGAAUGAAGUUGCGAUCGGCAAAAGUUUGAAGAGGAUCUUGGAGCAGAAUCUUGUCCCAGGACUGACUCGCCAGGAUAUAUUUCUGACAAGCAAGUUGGCACCCAAGGAUCAGGGUUAUGAGGCAUGCUAUCAAGCUGUACAGGCCUCUCUUGAAAAUCUCCAAGUUGACUAUAUUGAUCUCUACCUUAUCCACUGGCCAGGGACUACAAAACUAAAGCAGUCGGAUCCUCAGAAUGCGAUCAAUCGUGCAGGGAGCUGGCGUGCUCUUGAAGAUCUUUACCAUGCUAAAAAAUUACGAGCGAUCGGUGUCAGCAACUAUACCCUUCGACAUCUCACCCAAUUGGUGGAUCAACCUCAAUCGGUCGCAACCGCUGCCACCCCCGGCUUGACCGAGACCGAACAGGCCUCGGUCGCUCGCACCAUGGUCGUUCCUCAUGUUCAUCAGUUUGAACUUCAUCCACGUUUGUUACAAAUGGACUUGAUCCAGUUCUGUCAACAGCAUCGGAUCCAGGUCCAGGCCUAUUCGAGCCUGGGUGAAGGAAGACUUGUCUCCCUGACCCCCUCACCCCCACCCGAAAUGGACGCUCAUUAUAAUACGGCUCCUAUGCCAGGUCCUCUGGAUAUCAUGCCGGAUUUGAUCCGCAAGUAUUUCCCCACUCCGUCCAACAUCGCCACCACUGAUGUUUCUUCCAGCAUGGAGGUUGAUGGUCAGGCGACAAGCGAUCCUUCAGGAACCUUUAUCAUUAAUGAUGAUGCCUUGCGACAAAAGGAAUAUUCAAAGCGUGCAGCACAGAUCUUGCUCCGAUGGGGUUUACAACAUGGCGCUGUUGUCAUCCCAAAGUCAACUCAUCCAGAGCGUAUCAGGAACAACAUUGAUCUAUUUUCCUUUGAGAUCGAUCAAAAUGACAUGAUUGCAUUAGACGCGUACUCUCUUCCUGGAGAACAAACACGCUAUUGCUGGAACCCUACCGACGUAUUCUAAUCAUUUAAUCUCAAAGUCAACUUGUAUAUAAAUAUAUAAAUAUAUAGUAUAUAUAGUAUAUAUAGUUAUGGAUAUUGUUUAUUCAUGUGUCUCUAAAUCCCUCUUUUUUCUUAUGCCUAGAAAGAUGCAAGUGCCUUGUUUGUAGUUUACAAAAUAAAUGUAGGAACCAGUUCACUCAUCCAGACAUAAUACCUUUUGUGUGUUGUCCCAGAAAUUAAACCCUCUUUUUUUUUAAUAGUCCCUCUUGUUAAUAGUUCUCAAAAUACAAAAAAAA